AAAAUCAAAACUAUCUCUUCUUUCAGAUCACGGUUCUUCUCCUUCCCUCUAUCCAGAUACUUUUCAUUUCUUUACGGUUACGGUUACGGUUACGACUACGUACGGCUGAAUAAUAAAAAAAGAUGGGAGGUGGAUUUAGGGUGCUUCACCUUGUCAGACCAUUUCUCUCAUUUCUUCCCGAAGUUCAGAGUGCUGACAGAAAAAUCCCGUUUCGUGAGAAGGUCAUAUACACUGUGAUUGCCCUUUUCAUUUUCUUAGUAUGCAGUCAACUCCCGUUGUAUGGCAUUCAUUCAACAACCGGUGCGGAUCCUUUCUAUUGGAUGCGUGUCAUUCUUGCUUCAAACCGUGGUACUGUCAUGGAACUUGGUAUCACUCCAAUUGUGACUUCUGGACUGGUGAUGCAACUGCUUGCUGGUUCAAAGAUCAUUGAAGUGGACAACAAUGUACGUGAAGAUCGUGCAUUAUUGAACGGCGCACAGAAGUUAUUGGGUAUAUUGAUUGCUGUUGGUGAAGCGGUGGCAUAUGUGCUCUCAGGGAUGUAUGGAAGUGUUGGCCAACUUGGAGUAGGAAAUGCCAUUCUUAUCAUCAUUCAGCUUUGUUUUGCUGGGAUCAUUGUGAUCUGUUUGGACGAACUUCUCCAGAAAGGAUAUGGUCUGGGCUCUGGAAUUUCUCUUUUCAUUGCAACCAAUAUCUGUGAAAAUAUUAUCUGGAAAGCAUUUAGUCCAACCACCAUUAAUAGUGGGCGAGGUGCUGAAUUUGAAGGAGCUGUCAUUGCUUUAUUCCAUCUUCUGAUAACUCGAACAGACAAAGUUCGUGCUCUCCGAGAAGCAUUUUACCGGCAGAAUCUUCCAAAUGUGACAAAUCUGCUUGCUACUGUGCUGAUCUUUCUCAUUGUCAUCUACUUCCAAGGGUUCCGUGUGGUUUUGCCUGUGAGGUCAAAGAAUGCUCGUGGGCAGCAGGGUUCAUAUCCAAUCAAGUUGUUCUACACCUCAAACAUGCCCAUUAUUUUGCAGUCUGCUCUUGUAUCUAACCUUUACUUCAUCUCCCAGUUGCUGUACAGGAGAUACAGUGGAAACUUCCUUGUGAAUCUUUUGGGCAAAUGGAAGGAAUCUGAAUAUUCAGGUGGUCAGUUUGUCCCUGUUGGUGGCCUUGCAUAUUAUAUCACUGCGCCCUCAAGCUUAGCUGAUAUGGCAGCAAAUCCUUUCCAUGCUCUUUUCUAUCUUGUGUUUAUGUUGUCAGCAUGUGCCCUCUUCUCAAAAACUUGGAUUGAAGUGUCUGGAUCAUCUGCCAAAGACGUGGCCAAGCAGCUCAAGGAGCAACAAAUGGUUAUGCCUGGGCAUCGGGAGUCCAACUUACAGAAAGAGUUGAACCGUUACAUACCCACUGCUGCAGCUUUUGGAGGUAUUUGCAUUGGGGCACUGACAGUGUUGGCAGAUUUCAUGGGAGCUAUCGGAUCAGGGACAGGAAUACUACUUGCAGUUACGAUCAUUUAUCAGUACUUUGAGACCUUUGAGAAGGAGAAGGCUAGUGAACUUGGUUUCUUUGGUUUCUAAACUGUCUCAGCUUGAGUGAUGGAUGGUGGUGGCAACGAGCUCCCCUGCAGUUUUGGUGCGUCGAGAGAUGUAUGGAGGUCGAGAGAUGUAUGGAGGUCCUGUUGACACCAAAGUGAAGUUAGAAGAUAUAUUGGGGUAGUUUGUAGUUAUCAAGUACAAAUCACAUAAAGGUUAAUGUUUGCUCUUUUACUCCCUCUUCCCCUGGCUCCAUUAACUGAGUUUCUCAUGUAUCGGUGGAUCUAUAUGGGCGCAUGCUACUGGUCCUGAGUUCUAUGAAUCGUAGGAAUUUAUUUACUUGUUGAAAACUUCUAAUGACCAUUGAAGGGAUUGGUGCCCUUCAUGUUGAUGAAGGAUUCCUGUAAGUUACCCUUACGCUCACACUUCAAGGUUUUGAAUUUAGUAGAACAAGUAGUGGUUGACUUGGAUGUUUUAACUGAAGAGGUUUUCUCUU